AUGCCUCCUCAGCGUGGACAUUCACCUCCUGUAGAUCCUUUUCCACCUCUUCGAAGAUCUGGGACCUCGUCUACCUCCAAUCCCUCUUACGCUUCCAUCGCCGCUCGGACAUCCCAUUAUCAUCCAUCCGACAGACAUGAUCUACUUGCAAGCGAAUUAGUAGAAGAAGAAGACCAAAGAGGCUGGGAGCCGAGUGAUGUAGAUCGUGAUAGUGUACUGGACGAGAUGAACCCAUACGCAGGAGCUAUCAAUAUCGAUCCUUCACCUCCUUGGAGGACAGGACAUCGAAGUCACCCUAUCAUUACAGGCGAAGGAGGGGGGGACCACACGACAUCUACAAGACCGCGAGUACAUGUUUCAGGUGGAUUCGUCAGAAAUCCACUCGUACCAGAUACACUCAUGACAAAUUCGCGCACAGGUGGCACACCAUCACCUCGCAACGCUUCCCAACCAGAAGUGAUUAACACGCCACCACCUUCAGAACCUUCGCGCCCGUCAAAUCGUUCACCUCCUUCACCAUCUCCCACUCGUCCCACUCGAGAAGAACCAGCUCCAGCAUCUGGUCUUGCACCUUUCUUCACCCUUAGUGAUUUACUCCAAAGCACCCAUUCCGAUGACCGGGAAAACAAUGCAUCGAGUUCAAAUACGAAUUCUGCUUCUCGACCCAAUCGUGCCGGCGAGAGCGAUUUAGAAGCUAGAAGAAGCAGGAGGAGAGUGACGUACAAUGGAUCACCGUGGGGUUUGCAAAUGGAAAGGGCUCUACCGACCGGAGCUGCCACCAGAUACGACGACAUAUUGAACGAUAUACGCCGUUCGUCAGAUCCGAUGGAAAUCACAUUCCCUACGAAUAAUACCACUCGAACUCAAAUCACCAACAACGGCCGUCCGCUAGACGGCAGUGGUAGUACUUCCAGUGCGGACCAAGCUUUGACUUCCUUCCUACGACGUAGAAGAAGAAAUCCAGCUCCUGCAAGGCAAACGAUCUUUGAAACUUGGGAUCCAGAUGAAGUGUUGCCUUUUGGCGAACAUUCCCUUCUCACAUCUGGCGUACCUGCACAAGAAUCUGACAAUGAGAAUGACUCGGAAGGUGAAGGAUGGGCAUCUAGAUUGACAAUACAUGACUUUUCAGGUGGAAAUAGAGAAUUUGACGUAGAUGGUCCUGGUCCUGCUCGGUCAAGAUUGAGCCGUGGAAGCAACAAUAGAAGGAGACAGAGCUUCUUGGAGAGAAUAGGCGCUCCUCCAGAUCUGGUAUUCCCCGAAGAUACGGAAGAUAGAAUUGAUUUCCCACCACCUUUGAGAGGGGUGGGAGAUGCUACAGGCUGUGAACCUACCAACAGAGAAUUAGCAGUAAACAUCGCUCCGUUGAUCGUAAGAACUGGAGGAGUCCGAAGACUGAGAGUAGAAGAUGAUGAGAAGAAGGAUGACUCCCCUAUACGGAAAAAGACAAGAACCAGAAGUCCUGUUCAACAUGAAAAGACUUUACGUCCCACUUAUUUGGAUAUAUCAACACUACCGACACAUACGCCUUUGCCCGCAGGAUUCGAAGCCCCUUUACGUCGCUCUCAUCUAGCUCUUACAACACAUACAUCCGCUACUCAUUCCCCUCGACCUCUGAUCACUUUUAUAGGAUGCAAUCCCACUCGAGGCGAUAACGAUGCUACUUCUCUGCAUACGGUCGUCCCUAUACCUCUUACAUGUGGGGUGCACUAUUACGAAGUGGAAGUGAUUGACAAAGGCGAAGAAGGAUUCAUGUCGGUUGGAUGGAUGAAACGAGGGAGUAAUUUAAGAAGACUGGUGGGAUGGGAUAAAGGAAGUUGGGGAUGGCAUGGUGACGAUGGCAGAAGUUUUGAAGGUCAAGGAAGAGGUGAGAGAUUUAGUGAGACCUGGACUACUGGAGAUACAGUUGGGUGUGGUGUGGACCUCACUAGUGGUCGGGCGUUUUUCACUAAAAACGGGAAAAUGAUGGGACACCGAUUUUCGAGUCUAUCAUCAGAUCUACAUCCUGCUGUUGGUCUUCGAUCAGUUGGUGAAUCCUUAGCAGUGGAUUUCACCGGUCCAUUCAAAUUCGAUAUCGAUUCUUACGUAUCAUCGACAAAGAAAGGUAUUUGGCGAGAUAUAACAACCAAAACCGUUUAUUGCAUUCCAAGAUUAGUUGAUCAAGUUUCAGUAGACCAAAACGCAGCGGGUGAAAAAGGAAGUUCAAAAUUAGCAAAAGCGUUGAAGAAGGAAUUGGACCAGAUUGAAAACGAUAAAGAGGAUAAAUUACCCGAGCAAUCACCCUUGAAUCAACCAGUAGAAAAGGCAACUUCAUCCUUUGUGUUGGACUAUUUGAGACAUAACGGUAACGAAAAAGCACUAUCGAUACUUCAUAAAUCUAUGGUCAAAAGGAAUUGGAUCUCUCCCCCUGCAAUUGCUAAUCAACACAACGGUGGACAAGAUACUUCUGUUAAUUCUAUACCAAGGUUGGAACUCAAACUAUCAGAUUUUGCUUCGAAAAAUCAAGCCCUCAUCUGGUUAUCCGAAUCCAUAUCGAGCUCAUUUGCCAACCUUGUCCCACAUAGAUUGAUAGACGACUUAGCCAGCAAAGACCAAGACAAUACGUCGCUGAAAUUCCCAUUGGCGAUGUACGAUUUUCUUCAUCUUCUAUAUCUCUCGGCCAUUCCGGCCGCGACUGACGACGCUUUAGAUAAAGUUGUAAAGAAGGGACAAACACUGAGGUUUGAGAUGAAAAGUUGGGCAAGUGAUCAAAAAGGGAUAGUAGAAAGAGCUUUUGGGAUAUUAGGUCAACCUGAACAGCUUAAUGAUGACUACUGGUCAACCAAGAGAAGUGAAUGGGCAGCGACUAUUAUCCAGACUCUCAGAGCAAUGAAUGGCAUCAAUCAAGUCUCUCAUCUAGAGCAAUCAUUAAGACAGACUGGUAUUGUACUGAAGACUUUAGCUGAAAAGAGUGGGAAAUCAGGAGCAGCUUAUGUGGAGCUGAAAAAAAUACUAGAAGCAAACAAAUAG